AUGGCGCCCAACGCUGCAGUUCUCAUCUCCGUCACAGCGGCAUUACUGCUACGCCCUGUGGCCGCUCAAACGCAAUGCGGCGGCAACCUGUACACUCCAGGGACGCUCAACUUCACUUUAGAGUGCUACAAUGCGUUCAUGGAUUGCGCCGCCCAGUUUGAGGCCAACGCAAGCCAGGUCGACUGCAACGACGGCAAGGGAAACCUGUUCAUGCAACAACAGGCCAACUUGGGGGCCUCACCGGGAAGUCAGAACAACGACGCCGUCAUCGCCUUCCAGGACAUCCGCGAUCUCUGCCUACUCGGCGGCUCCACCACUGCAACAUGGGGCUACAGCGACAACCAGUGGUAUUGGGCCGCCGCCGAGGAUGCCUGCUACACGAGCGAUCCCUCGAGGACUGAUGUUGUCAAGACUCAACCGGCACCGUAUUGCAUCCAAAAUCGUGACUCUGCGCUGCCUGAGUGCUACCCGCAGCCAGACGCGACUCCUGCCGGCGGCCCGCUAAAGGUCAUCAAGACGGCCAAAACGCGAAACGGGUUCACGUCCUCAGCCCGAGGCUGGAAUACCUACGGUGUUCAGGCGUUGGCGAACGGUUCCCAGGUCGUGCCGUCCUUUGCUGGACAAUCGGGCCUAUUCUACACUCAGAAGUUUGUCGAGACUCAGUGUGGAGUCCUUGCCCGACCGGAGUUUAAGAAAGCUGGAUAUGAUCUCUGCAGCCUUGAUUCGGGCUGGCAGGCUACCAACGCUGUCGACGACCAUGGCCGGAUCAUCUACAACACCACUCGCUUUAACCUCCCAGAACUUGCUUUAUGGCUGCACAAGAGGGAUCUGAAGCUCGGCGUAUACAUCACUCCUGGCGUGCCAUGCCUGGCCCAUAACCAAACCAUCCUCGGCACCAAGAUCAAGAUCAAGGACGUCUUGAACGGUAACAACGAUCAGGUCAACUGUGACUUUGAUUUCAGCAAAGAUGGCGUCCAGCAGUGGCACGAUUCGGUCGUCGCACAAUGGGCUUCAUGGGGCGUGGACAUGCUCAAGCUGGACUUCCUGACGCCUGGCUCGCCUUCCAAUGGCGCAAACCUCGCGUGUGACAGCUCAGAUGCUGUUCGAGCAUACCAAAAAGCAAUCAAGAAGUCAGGCCGGAAGAUUCGCCUCGAUAUUUCCUGGAAACUCUGCCGCAACGAAACUUGGCUGCCCAUCUGGAGCGAUCUUGCCGAGUCCAUGCGCACAGAUCAAGAUCUGGACAAUUACGGCACUAACACCUUGAUGGCGUGGCAAGUCGGCCAGCGAGCGAUUGAGAAUUACAGGCAGUACAUCGGUCUGCAAGCGCAGAGAAAUGUCCCUCUCACCAUCUAUCCUGACAUGGAUGCUCUUUUCACUGUCAACCCUGAACAUCUCGCCGGUGUCAAUGACACUAUUCGCUAUACGGUUCAAAAUCACUGGCUUGGAGCUGGAGCCAACCUGAUCAUUGGUGGCGAUAUGCAGCAGGUCGACGCCCUGGGCCUCAAGCUGACCACCAGCAAGCAGUCGAUUGAUGCGGCAGACUUUUUUGCAAAGUAUCCCAUGCAGCCCCGAAAUCCCGGGACCGGAAGCAACGCCGCCAAGCAGCUCCAGGCCUGGAUCGGUGGCCCUUCGGAUGACCACGAGGCUUAUGUGCUCAUUGUCAACUAUGGACCGGACCUUGGGAACGGAGGCUUUUCAACUCAGCUGUACGGAAAACAGAAAUUGACUGUGUCUCUGAAGGAUCUUGGUAUUUCUGGCUCCGCUUGGACAUUUACCGACAUCUGGUCGGGCAAAUCUACCAGAGUGACCGGAUCCUACUCUGCUUGGCUCACGGAGGGUGAAUCACAGCUUCUGCGUCUGACAAGGACUCGCUAG